UUUAACAGCCGAUUAAAAUAUUUUUACACAAUUUUCAAUCUUGGCUGAAUGCCGAGUAGGUCUGUGCUUUCGAUGCCUCACCUGCUAAGAAAUUACAAAAUGGCGGACAAAUAUUUGAUAUGCCACCAUAUUUAAGAAUUAUUUCGCUUAAAAUUUUGUUUUUUUCAUUGUGUGUAACUCCGGCGGUAAGAAUAUUGCAAACUCGGGUCUUUAAUUCCCUCGUAUCCAAAAUUUCACUUACCCCCCUUGUUGCAUAAUGUACUAUUUCUCAAGUAGGUAUUCUAAGUGUUGUAUCGCCACCUAUUUAUGGUUUUUUGUCGGACACUUUUUGGUAUAUGGAGAUUCUAUUCCUUAACUCUACCUUCCAUAAACCUGACGAUGGGGAGACAAAUGGUGUCACUCUUGUGUCACCUUUUAUUAAGCAAUUUUGGCAACCAAAGUAAAAAUUAUUUCAAGUGUUUAAAGAGCAUGACAACAAAUUAAAAACUUUAAGUAUUUUUUGCACUCUAGACUUCGCUAUAUUUUUUAAGUUGCACAUAAGUUUUAAAUGCAAAGACGUGUUCAAACCUAAAAUACCUACACAAUUAAAAGUUUUGUAUGUAAUCAUAAAAUUUCGCAUUAUAUUUCAUCGUCUCUUCUCUUUAUCAGUAUUUCAAGCCUUGAAAAAAUAAUUUGAAAGUACGGAGCAACGGAGCUGUUAAGCUGAUUUGUUUCUUAGGCUAUAAUAAGUAUAAUAUAUAGGUAAUCAUGCGGCAAGUCCCAGAGUGUUUCGAGCGUCGCUACCAAGCCAUGGAUGCGCUGGUUAAAGACCUGAGUUCGGUGACAAACCAGUCCAACGAGACAAACGAGGGCGACCCUGACGCCAAAGACGACUACGGUUUCAAACUCAUGUGCAAGUUUUGGAAUAUUCUGAAAGAAGAUCCCGUCUGUGAUUUGCAGAAUAUAAUUCAGCAAAGGACGUAUCUAUCAACAAGAAAUAGUGGCAUAUUUGGGUCACAGAAGAUCUCGUGCUACCAAAUGGGUAAUGACCCAAGACAAUGUGGUAAAGGUUCCUGUGCAAAAACCAUCGAUCUUGAAUCUAAAGCAUCAGGCAGUUCGUGUUGUGAUAGACAACCUAAGCCGCAGAGAUCGCCUCAAGGGACGUGUUGUUCCAAACAUGGCACUGAGCCAGUGACGCCUCUUUCGCAGGCGCUUGAGAACAUGAAGCGGGCUGCUUCAACUGAGAAAAAGUGUUACGAGAAAGCAACAGAGCUUUUGACAGUUCAAGAACAAUUGAAGGAGCAAAUCGCUCAGUUAGAACAAAGAGAACAGGAUGAAAUUAAACUAUUGAAAGAGGCCGAUUCCAUUUGGAAGGCGAUGGAGAACGAAUACAAGCAAAAGCUGGAAGAGUCAAAGAGAAGACAAGAGGAACUUCUAAGAGAGCUAACCGAAGUCGAAUUGAGUGCAAGUAAGUGGAAGAAAAAUAAAAAAAAUCUUGAAGAGCAGAUGUCAACAGUCGAUAAAUGUAUACUAGAAAUGAGAGAAAUAUGCAGAAAGAAAACAAAUGACCUUAAAACCAUACAAGCCGAGACGGCUGAUUUAGAAAAAAAACUUGCGUGCAAUACGAAUGACAUAAUGAACACAUCGGAAACUCUUGAAGCCAAAAGAAAGUGUCAUGAUGAUUGCAUGAAGAAAUUGUCAGAAGAGUCAAAAAAGUUGCAACUUUGCAAAAAACAUGAAGAGCAACUAAAAAAAGAAAAAAUUGAGAAAGGUGGCGAAUGUGUUAAAGAAGCGAGAGAAGAAUUGGCUCUAAUUUGCAGAGUUUUAUUGAAAAAGAAGCUGGAGAAUGAAGAUAUUCGAGCAGAGGCAAAAGCCCUUGCGGAAGAAAUAGAUUUACUUCAAACAUCAUGCGACACCUGUGGCGAAAAAUGCAAAAACAAGGAGCAGUCUUUGAAAUCGGAACUCGAAGAGUGUGAAUGUGAAAUAAAAAAAUUUAAAUUGAAGUGUACCAAGUGUAACGUAUCAUGUGAUACAGAUAAUUUAAGAAAACACUGUACUGAUUGCCCUAGGUGUAAAGAAGAAAUGGAAUCUUGUGUAUACAGUGCUGACACAUGUGAAGGACCUGCAAAACCAUGUGUCUGCGUGAAGAUUAAGACCCAGUUUAUGAACAAUGUGUUUGACAAUAUGCAGACAGUAUUAGAAAGGCAAAUUAAUACGAGACCUGGUAAAGUUGUGGCAGCACAAGUCUUGCAAUGUUUGAAAAAUAGCACUAAUGGAAAGUUGGAUUGCGUAACUAGGAAAAAAUUGCAGGAAUUCAUUUUAGCAACAGUGAAAACUAAUUUGAAUCUCACUAUUAUUGGCGGUGCUGUCAAAACGCGAUGCGAAAUGGAUCCUGCCACAUACAAAGAGCUGUUGAAGUGUUUAACCACAGUCAAGGCUAAAAAACCAGAAAAAGCUGAUAAAGGAACUGAUUCAAGAAAGGAGCCCUGUGCCCGGUGGGGUGGUCCUAACGAAUGCAAUUGCCCGAAAGGACCUAAGAACUGUAUAUGUCUGAAAAAGGCUCCAAAGCCUGCUUCUGAUCCAGAGCCUUGUGGGCAACUUGAAGAAGAUAAAAAAGAUAUUGGCCAGCUGUCAAUUUGUCCUCACAAGGAUAAUACCCCGUGCGGUCCCUUGUGUGGCAACUCUCCGGACAUAGCCAAAACGCUGGCGAAGUCUUACAAACCCAAACCUUGCUGCGGCGAAAAAUGCACGUUUAAUAGUAAUAUGAGAGCAGCUCAGUGUACGCUGGGUAGCGAUUGUAUCGACAACAAAGUAAUUGGUACCAAAGGAUGCAAGACUAAUACUCCUAUAAUUCAAGUUCCUUUUGAACAAGAUCAGAUGCAGUGCGAUUGCAGUACUGUAUAUAAAACCUGCCAUUGUUGCGAAAUUACAGACAGAAAAAUGAACAGAAAACGGGGAUUCCAACAAGAAGUCACAUUGCCAUCCGAAGCAGAAUUUAAGGAAAUGUUCUAUCAUAACAAUACGACUCUUCCGGUAACAAUUUUGGGUCAAAAUGGAACAUCAGCAGAUUUUAACGCAGAACUGGUAAGAACAUAUUCUGGACACAUGACUUUGGAUGUUAGAAGAUUGUCCGAUUAUGGUGAAAUUGCAAGCCCAUUUACAGAAUAUCCCGUAUCAUUAUACAAAACUAGUUCAAGUUUCAAGUUGUUGAUUAAUCAAAAUAAUAAACAUUCGAAUGCAGUAUUAAAGAGAGGUUCUGCAGGGGAAAUGAACGUGGUAUUCAAAGACGUUCAUGUGUGUUCAAAUAAUAAUUUUAGAACAUUAAAACAACAAGAAAAACUGUUCCAUGUAACAGUAAAAAAUAAGGAAGCAAUAUAUUCUAAAAAUACUUUUUUAAGAGUAACUCCUUCUGGAAACUAUGAAUUUGUUUUAGAAAAGGAAUUUGAAAAAUUGCAAAAAGAAAUAGUAAAUGAUUUUCUGGGUGACAUAAACGAAUGCCCCGCUAACUUGUCUAGAACCAUGUCUGGAACCUUCGUUAUAUAUUUUGAUGAAGAUAGUAACUGUAACCCAAAUGAUUAUAAAGCAUUAUUAAAGAAGUCGGAUUCAGGAAGUGUGAAGUUAUUAGUCAACGUUCCUGACACAAAAAGUAGUAAAAAACAUAAAUUAUUAACUAACAUAAAUCGUACACUAUUUGAAAGUUUAUAUGAAAAAUUAUUAUCUUUCUCGACAGACCUUGUUAAGGAAUCUCCUGAACAAAAAGAUUUGGGUAGAAAUCUAGAAUGUGGUUUAAAAUUAGAUACAACUAUAAGAAUUAACAUCCAAGAUGAGAGCCAUUUUGUAGCUAAGCUUUUUGUCUGCCUAAAUAAAAUGUCUCCAGGACAGUACUUUGUUAUUUUCGAGAAUAAAACUGAAGAAUUGUUUAUUGGUAAUUUGUUGACCACAUGGCUCGGUCGCUUGCCUAUUCAGAAGUCGACGGCGAAAGAACUCACCGUAUACUUAAAUCACUCCGGUGAAGUUAAAAAUCAAUAUGGUUGGUUAAAGAUGUCUUCGAACGGUAAAAUACUUGUGGUGGUUGACAAACCUUCAGAAAGUGUCCAAACUGAUUCCGCAGGGUGUGAAAAAGGGAUGACCACUACUUGCUAUCUCAAUAACGAUUGUUGAGACUGUAUACGUCUACCUAUAUAUGUAUCGCUUAACUUCAAACUCAGAUAAAUCCAUUCGACCCUCUCAGCAAAUAUCUACCUUAUUACCUUUUCAUAAUACCAAAAUCGCAUAAUCUGACAAAUGGAUUUACCUGAGUUUGAAGCUAAGCGACUCAUAUUAUUGUGAUACAAUGAAGUAAAUGAAGACUUGAUCUAUAAGAUAAAGAACACAAGAAAUUAGGUCAUAAAAUGUGAAUUUCGUUUACGACAUUAUUAUGUACUUAGAUUAAAUUGUCUUUGUAGUUAAACUUAAUAAUAUAUUUCGCGACUGUGUCUUUGUUGAUGUUGUUUAUUGGAAGAGGUCAUUUAAAUAAACUAAAAUAAACUGUUUUGAAUGUAAUAGAAAUAAAUAGUCUGUUCUUGAUAUUGCAAUUUAAUAUAGCGAUAACGGCUUGA